UUUGAUUGGUUGACUCGAUUCUGUUGUGCUACCUAUCAAAUGCAUAUGGGUUGUUCUUGUGUCACUGGGUAUUGAAAGUACUAGGCCAUUUCCAUCUAUAACAUCCCGUGUAGCACAUUGGUUAACCUACAUGCAAUUAACUGAGUCUGCUUGUGCUUGAGGUCUCAAUUACCCCGUGGCCACGUCCAUCCAAAAUUAGCUUGCUUGUUUGUUUGGGAGACGAGCAAAGAAAGUUGUUAAGAUGAUCUCGGCUGUGCUGGUUUUUAAUAACCACGGCAAACCCCGGGUGAACCAAUUCUAUCAGUAUUACACGGAGAGUGAGCAGCAGCAAAUUGUUCGAGAGACGUUCCAAUUAGUGUCCAAGCGAGAGGAUCACGUGUGCAACUUCCUUGAAGGCGCUGGCAGCGUGAUCGGGGGCACGGAUUGCAAGCUGAUCUACCGUCAUUAUGCCACCCUGUAUUUUGUGUUAUGCGUGGAUUCCUCUGAGUCUGAAUUGGGUAUCCUGGAUUUGAUCCAAGUUUUCGUGGAGACGCUCGACAAAUGCUUUGAAAACGUUUGUGAAUUAGAUCUCAUUUUUCAUAUGGACAAGGUGCAUUUUAUCCUCAAUGAGUUGGUCAUGGGUGGAAUGGUGUUGGAAACGAACAUGAAUGAAAUUCUCACACGCAUCGAAGAGCAAAACAAACUGGAAAAAGAAGAGGCCGGUAUUUCAGCUGCUCCUACCCGUGCAUUAUCCGCCGUGAAAAACAUGAACCUUUCACAGCAGCUAAAAGAUAUAAAAUUACCCGAAUUACCGCAAGCUAUUAAAGAUCUAAAACUGUGAUUUGCAAUUUUAAUGUAAAUGUUUGAUUUUUUGGCUUUUUUCCAAUUUGAAUAAUAAAUGUUCAAUCUCGUGAGCUAAGCUCAAACAA